CCCAACAUGACAAUAAUUUCUGAAUCUUGGAAUUCACCUGCUUCAACAUCCAAUUUGAAAUCACCAAGGACCUUUUGCAUUUUAGGAUACUUGUAUGAAUUUGCCUUUGCGACUGAUCCUUCAGUUGCAGUUUCAGCAAUCUUAAAGGUUAAGGAUUCUUCACGGAAACGCAAAUUUUCUGUAGGAAUGUUACCAUCCAAGAAGAUAUUGAUACCUUCACGCACAGAGUAA